GAAAACUCAUAAUCUUCUUUGUUCUUUCCUGUGAUUACAAGAAUGGCUGAAGAGGAACAAGCAAUCACUCCAGAAGCCAGCCAAAGGGCCCCUAUCAAGUACCCUUUCAUCGCUUUCAGCACUCAUAAAUAUACCCCAUUAGAAACAUCUACUUUGACCAAGAAUGCAUUUUAUUACUCUUUUGCCAUUGGUGCGUUGACUGCAGCCACCCAGAACUCAUUGGCAAGAGAUGGAAGAGGUGCAAUGGCUGUUUUCACAAAGUCUGGUAAAUUGUGGGGUGCCAUUACUGCAGUUGUCACUACAUAUCAAUUUAGUUAUUGCUCAAUUUCUAAUCUAAGAGAACAAAAUGAUUCAAUCAAUGAUUAUUUAGCCGGUGCUUUAGCUGGUGCUGUUUUAGGAUCAUUCACCAAGAGCUUGGGUAAAUCAGUUGGAACUGGGUUAGGAGUUGGUUUACUUUGUGGAAUCACCCAUUGGGCUGGUAAUACGAUUGGUGACCGUGAAAACAAUGCUUACAAGGCCCGUGGGGGAUUAGAGAAUCAAUUGUUACAUAAAGAGUACAAUGAAGGGGAGAAGCAAGGUCUUUGGGAAGCUGUUAGAAGAAGACCAUUGUCAGAGGCCAAGGAAAGACUUGGUGAGGUUGCCUUGAAGCCAUGAACUAUUUAUUCUAUUUAUUAACUUAUUUAUUACACUCUAUUUAUUUAUCGACAUACUCUAUUUAUUUCUUCAUCAAUGGAUGAUAAUUUUAUUAAAGGGCCAGUAGAUUCGGAGAUAUUUGUAAGUGGAAAGAUUGAUGAGAACUUCAAAACGGGCCUUAAAACAUCAUGAAACCAAUCUUUUAAGACGCUUAAAAGUAGAGAUAUAUCAAA